CUAAUGGAAAUUUAAUGAUAUAGACAUAAAGUAAUUAAUUAUAUUUUGUAUUUUGUUUAGUUGUACUUGUGUUAUUUUUCUAAAUUGGUCAGGGUUAUAAUGGUAAUCUUUUCCCUUAGGUCAGACAAGCUGUGGGAGGCAUACAUAAAUUGGGAGAGCGGUGGUAAGCGGUGGAAGAAUGUUACCCAGCUCUAUGAAAGACUCCUAGCCACUCCAACAAGCAAAUACAUGCAGCACUGGCAAAAGUUCCAGGAGCAUGUGAAAAAGCACCUGCCAAGUGAAGUGGUUGGCGUGGAUGAAUUCCUCAGUUUACGGCGGUCUGUCCUGACCGAGUUGAACCGCUCGGAUAUUGAGACUCCAGACGAAGCCCCCCCGGGUGUGGAGGCAGCCCCUGGGGACGAGCAAGUGGGGACAAACGUGGAUGAAGAGACCAAAGCCCUGCAGAAGAGCAUUAUAUCUGCACGUCAGAAGAUUCACGAGGCCAAUGUUGUGGAAGCAAAGGCAUUGUGGAGCUAUGAGGAUGCCAUCAAGAGGCCAUAUUUCCAUGUGAAGCCCCUGGAGAAGAGCCAGCUGACAGCCUGGAGGAAUUACCUGGAUUAUGAAAUUAAGCAAGGAAAGGCGUCAAGAGUCCGAGUGCUGUUUGAGAGAUGUCUCAUUGCCUGUGCCUUGUACGAGGAGUUCUGGAUGAGGUUAGCACUGCAUUUGAUGUGGCUCAUGUAUCUCUUCAUUAGGUUCCAGGAGCAUGUGAAAAAGCACCUGCCAAGUGAAGUGGUUGGCGUGGAUGAAUUCCUCAGUUUACGGCGGUCUGUCCUGACCGAGUUGAACCGCUCGGAUAUUGAGACUCCGGACGAAGCCCCCCCGGGUGUGGAGGCAGCCCCUGGGGACGAGCAAGUGGGGACAAACGUGGACGAAGAGACCAAAGCCCUGCAGAAGAGCAUUAUAUCUGCACGUCAGAAGAUUCACGAGGCCAAUGUUGUGGAAGCAAAGGCAUUGUGGAGCUAUGAGGAUGCCAUCAAGAGGCCAUAUUUCCAUGUGAAGCCCCUGGAGAAGAGCCAGCUGACAGCCUGGAGGAAUUACCUGGAUUAUGAAAUUAAGCAAGGAAAGGCGUCAAGAGUCCGAGUGCUGUUUGAGAGAUGUCUCAUUGCCUGUGCCUUGUACGAGGAGUUCUGGAUGAGGGUAGGUGUUUAUGUUGAGUAUUUUGAAAUAUGGUGGUGA